AUGCCUCGUCUCUCUGCUCCCCGCUCUCGGCACCCUUUGCACCUGAAGAGCAAACACUGCAAGAAGAGCCGUAAGAAGAAGCAGGCUGAGGCCAGGGCAGCCGCUCAGGAGGGAGGGGAUGAGGCGGCAGGGCGGAUGGAUGCGAUCGAGGGCCUGACACGAGCCGGCCAUCAGGCGCUGGCCCUGGGCGCCGGGCGGGAGGCAGUGGGGUGCUUCAGGAGGGCCCUGCUCCUCUCCAGGCACACAGAGAGCCCCCAGCUCCACAGGGCUUGUGCCUUCAACCUGGGGGCCGCCUACGUGGAAACUGGGAAGCCCAAAAAGGGCUUUGAGUUCCUCCUCCAGUCCCAGCCCUCGGAGAAGGAGAGCGGGGACCACUCGGGGAGCCUUUAUUUCAGCAUUGGGGCGGCGCACGAAGGGCUCCAGGAUUUUCCAAAGGCUCUGGAGUGUUCUGAGAAAGUCUCCGGGCAGGCCGGUGCCGCGGAGGCCGGCAGCCGAGCGGGGACCGCCGUGCAGCUGGGCUGCUGCUACCUGGGCAUGCGGGAGCCGGCGCGGGCCGCGCGGUGCUUCCUGGACGCGGCGCGGGCCUACGCGGCGGCCGAGAGCCCCGGGGCCGCGGCCGUGGCUCUGAGCAGGGCCGGCGGCUCCAUGCUGCAGAGCCAGCGGUUCCGGGCGCCGGAGAUCGCCGGGGUCCUCGCCCGGUGCCGCUCGCUCUGCGAGACCAUCCCCGACCCGGCCCUGCGAGGGAAACUCUACAACGACAUCGGCCUCGGCUACUCGCAGCUCCACAUCUUCUCGCUGGCCGCCGAGAGCUUCGAGCGGGCCCUGGCGCUGUGCGGCGCGGAACCGCAGCGGGCCUGGCACCGCGAGGCCGCGGUGCUGCAGAACCUGGGCGCUGCCCACAACGCCCUGCGCAGCUUCGGCUCCGCGCUGCGCUGGCACCGGCACGCGGCCGCGCUGCACGGUGCUCUGGGGAACCGCAGGGCUCAGGCGCAGAGCUUUGGGAACCUGGCGUACGCCUGCAGCCAGCUCGGGAACCACGGCGCUGCCGCGGAGAGCUACCUGCACGCCCUGCAAGCCUUCCGGGACUCGGGGGACCUGCAGGGACAGUGGCAAGCGUGCGAGGGGCUGGGUGAAGCGUGCUUCCACCUGGGAGACCCCCAGAGAGCCAUCAGACACUAUCAGGAGGCUCUGAUUUUGCUUUCCCGCUGUCAGGACGCCCCCAGAGCUGCCCACAAACGGGUCGUGCACAAGCUAACAGAUGCCAUCCAACACCGACUCCGCCUCAGCCACCUCUCCUACCAGGGGGGCUGGGCACCCAGCCCAGCCCUGGUGAGCAUCACCCGGGGCAUGGCACACUCUGGAGGGAUGGGAACUGGGACCCCAGUAGGGCUUGGGGCAAGAGGUGCCCGAGUUUGCUCAGGGAAACACAUGUUUGAUUAA